AUGGGACCUCCACUUGAUCGUCUGCCUCCAUGGUACAACCCUAAUGCACAUUGUCCUUUUCAUGAAGGUGCCCCCGAGCAUGACCUGGAGGGUUGCUAUGCUUUGAAGCUUACGGUUCGCGAGCUGAUUGAUAGCAAGAUUUUUUCUUUUAGGGAUAUGGGACCAAACGUAGAGAAUAAUCCUAUUCCUCCCCAUGGAGACCCUAAAGUGAAUGCAAUUGAAGAUGCCUCUGAUGGUGGUAUGGUUGAGAAGGUGGAUGAUGUUAAGACUCCUUUGGCAGCAUUCCACGCCCGAUUGUUGGAAGUUGGCCUGAUUGAUGCUUGUCAUGACAACUGUGAAGAGAGACUGGUGCCUGCGAAUAGUCAUUUGUCACCUGUUGAGAUUUGUAUGCCUACGCCGUUUUCGUAUGAAAGCACCAAGGUUGUGCCUUGGAGAUAUGAGGUUAUCGUUGUGGAUAAGAUCGUUGAAGGAAGUGCAGACGGUGAAGUGACAGAAGAUGUGAAUGAGGACGUCACCAAUAUUACAGGAAUGAGCAGAAUGACCUGUAGUGGUCAAAUUUAUACGCCUGAAUUCAAUGUGACUCCUAAAGUUCCAGUGAAGGAAUCUACAGUUAUAGCUCCUACUAAAGAACCCGAAGUGGUCCAAUCUGAAGAUGCUGUUGAAUUCUUGAAAUUGAUCAAGAGAAGCGACUACAAAGUUGUGGAUCAGCUGCAUCAGACACCAUCUAAGAUCUCCAUUUUGUCUUUGCUUUUGAACUCCCAAGCCCAUAGGGAGGCCUUGUUGAAGGUGCUUGCCCAAGCUCAUGUAACACAAAGCAUACCAGUAGAUCAGCUUGAUGGGGUGGUUGCAAACAUCACAGCUUGCAAUACUUUAAGCUUUAGUGGAGAGGAAUUACCUGAGGAUGGACAAAAUCACAAUCGUGCUCUCCAUAUCUCAGUGAAGUGCAAAGAUGAUGCUUUGGUAAGAGUUUUGGUUGAUACUGGAUCUUCUUUGAAUGUGAUGCCAAAGAGAACACUUGCCAAGUUGUCUUAUCAAGGACCAACCAUGAAGCCCAAUGCCUUGAUAGUGAAAGCUUUUGAUGGUUCCCGGAGAACCGUAAUUAGAGAGGUAGAAUUGCCCAUAUUGAUUGGCCCUCAUAUAAUCCCGAUUACUUUCCAAAUCAUGGAUAUUAAUCUGGCAUAUAGCUGCUUAUUGGCGCGUCCCUGGAUUCAUGCUGCAGGGAAUGAAGAAUAUCAUAUGAACCAUCUAAAGAAGUUGUUUGAACACCUCAGAAAGUUUAGACUAAGAUUAAACUCUGCAAAAUGUACAUUUGGUGUUCGUUCGGGGAAGUUGCUUGAUUUCAUCGUUAGUCAACAAGGAAUUGAGGUGGACCCUGACAAGGUCCGAGCUAUACAAGAAAUGUCUGCUCCACGCACCGAGCGAGAAGUUAGAGGUUUACUUGGAUGUUUGAAUUACAUCUCAAGGUUUAUCUCACACAUGACAGCCAUGUGUGAUCCUAUCUUCAAAUUGCUUCGAAAAGAUCAAGCUAUUGAAUGA